GCCCCUUCGUUCGACUUCUGUACGAAUCUCAAACUUGCACGAGUUUCUCGUGGUUGAAAGUUUUCCUUCAGGAAUCCAGAUUGGUUUUUUUCUUGAUUUGGUGCUAUGACGGAGGAGAAGCAGCCGCUCCUCGAUCACUACCAGCAUCGCCCAGGUUCCAGCGGCAGGGCAUCCGCGCUCCAUCCCAAGUGCCCGGGAUGCCGAGUCGCCCAUCUCCGGGACAAGAACGCGCCAGUUCCCUUCAAGCUCCUCGUUCUCCUCGGAUUUGUGAUCCUCGCCAAUGCGCUUCCAAUCGCAGUAGUCUACCCCUUCCUCUACUUCAUGAUAGAAGAUCUACACGUUGCCAAGCGGAAAGAGGACAUUGGAUAUUACGCUGGAUGGAUCGGAUCAUCUUUGAUGAUUGGGCGAAUGCUCACUGGAGUCCUCUGGGGCGUCAUAGCCGACAGAUAUGGUCGAAGGAAGGUCAUGGUUUGCGGCAUUCUCUCAGUGGUGGUUUUCAACACCUUGUUUGGGCUUAGCACGAGCUUGUGGAUGGCUCUGCUCACGCGAUUUCUCUUGGGAGGUUUCAAUGGAAUGCUUGGAACCGUCAAGGCAUACGCUUCCGAGAUCUGUAGCGAGCAACAUCAGACGAUAAGCAUGUCAAUGGUUAGCACGAUGUGGGGAUUUGGCCUUAUUAUCGGACCAGCUAUGGGUGGCUAUCUAGCACAGCCUGCGAUCAAGUAUCCAAACAUCUUCAAAUCCGGGAGCUUGUUUGCGAAAUUUCCUUACUUGUUGCAAGCACUUGGCGUCCUUGUGUUCGCAUUGAUAGCACUGGUUAUGUGCUUCUACUUGCCGGAAACACUUCAUAAAGAUCACACUUCUCUUGAAAUUGAUGAGGAGGACACAGGCAAGGAUCACAUUGCUGUGGAGAGUGAUACAAAGGAGAAGCAAUCCGAAUCCAUCUUUAGAAACUGGGGAUUUAUUUCCUCCACAAUGGUCUACUGUGUCUGGUCUCUACACGACAUAGCUUACACCGAGAUCUUCUCGCUGUGGGCCGUGAGUGGAAGAUCAUACGGUGGACUUGGUUUCACGAGCUCCAACGUUGGACAAGUUCUUGCAAUAUCCGGCUUGUCUAUGCUUUUGUUCCAAUUGACUUUGUUUCCUAUCUUUGCAAAGUGGCUCGGGCCGAUCCGGUUGACACGAGUACCAACACUAGUAGCAAUUCCUAUAUUGACGGCGUAUCCAUUCUUCUCAAAACUUCACGGGAACUCUCUCUGGGCGAUACUUCUCAUCGCGUCGAUCACCAAGUUGAUUCUGGGUCAAGCCACAUUCACGGGCUCCUUCAUACUCAUCAACAAUUCAGUGAAACAAGCGCAAAGAGGCGCCGCCAAUGGUUUCUCUCUGAGCAUUGUGUCACUGUUCAAGGCAAUUGGCCCCGCGGGUGGUGGCUCAGUCUUUGCGUGGUGCCAAACAAGGCAACACACCUGGCUUCUCCCAGGUGAUCACCUCGUGUUCUUUUUCCUCAACUUCUUUGCGCUUCUCACGGCGCUCAUGACAUGCAAGCCAUUCCUUCCAUCGUCCACGGCCCACCCUAUACUGGAAUAGAUCAAACUUUCCAACUAUCAAGCAACCAAACAAAAAGGAGAAUUCUUUAAAGAAAUACGUGUUCAAGAAAUAUCAAGCAACCUCUAGAGAAAGGGAAUUGUAAAAUAUCCGCUUUCGUA